AUGAAGAAAAACCCCAAAAAUACCAGACACAUUCCAGCCUUCAAACUCCAUAACCUCCACUGCAACUUCAACCAACCUCCUCCUAACACCAAUAUAACAGCUUUCACAGAUGGAUCCAAAAUUGACAAUAAAGUGGGCUGUGCAGCAACAAUCUGCAUCAACACCAGUACACCUCAAUCAGCCUCAGCACAAGUUCACUCGGAAUGGCAGGGGCACCUGAGAUCAAAUAACAGUGUCUACCAGGCCGAAUUAACCGCUAUUCGCCUCGCCAUCAACCACCUGCUACGAGACCCAACGGACACCAUUCAUAUCGUGACAGACAGUCAGUCAUCUAUACAAGUUGUUCAAAGCUUCUACACCAACUCACUAAUAGCACAGGACAUCCAGAAGACCAUAAGGACAAGUAAUAAGCAGUUCAUUCUGUCAUGGACCAGAGGCCAUAAUAAUUGCGAAGGUAAUGAGAGAGCGGACUUGCUUGCAAAACAGGCAGCACUUGAUCAAGUCGGUGACGGUAUAAACAUCCCCUGGCCACAAUCGGCAUUAAAAUCAAAGCUCAGACAACUUGCAACUGAGACAUGGCAGCAAGACUGGGAAAAUGGUACAACAGGACGACGUACCUGCAGCUUUAUACCGAAGACAGACGAUACACGCACAGUAUCCAACUAUUUCUUGACACAAUAUAUCUCAGGUCAUGGCCCUUUCCCUACAUAUUUCUUGGAAAGAAAUUUUACUUCAACUGAUUUGUGCGUAUGUGGGGAAAGAGGCGACCCUGACCAUUAUAUCUUUCAUUGCCCAUUAACCGCCAACCUACACGUCAAACACCCUACUCAAGUGGGAAUGGAAUUUAAGAGAUUCCUAAUCAACCAUCAACACACCUACAAAAACAUUAAACUAAUCAUAGACAAGCUACAACAACAAGGUAAAGAACUAUGCCACUCAUAA